UAUGGCUUCCUUGUCACAAGGAGCUGAGGAAGAAGCUUAAUUUUCCACAAGCUCUACCAACUCAACCAUGAUACCAGCUAUAAUGCAGACAGGCAAAUGCUUCAAGAUGAUCUGCUGCUCUUCUUGAGAGGUGCAAAGUUGGAUCUCCACCAACUCUCCUGCUGCUUAUCCACAAAAGAGAACUCAUCUUCUACUAUAUGAUAAUGCUUUGAUUGCUAUUCACUAGAAUCCAACAGUUCAUUGAAGUGCCCAUCUGAAGUUUUUCCCUUUUUUUUUCACCCUUCAAUCUCCCAAAAUUUUUGCUGCCAUGAAUCCAGUAAUUCUCUUAUUUCUCUCAUCUUUGUUUAUCAAGUCACUGUCUUCAAAGGUUGCGCCAGCCAAAAGCAAUGCCCACAUCACUGUAAUGGGUUUUGUUUAUUGUGACAUCUGCUCCAACAACAGCUUCUCCAGACACAGCUACUUCUUACCAGGCGCAGGAGUUAGAAUAGACUGCAAGUUCAAAGCAAGUUCACCAAAAAUCAAAGAACAAGUAUCGUUCUCAGUAAACAGAACCACAAAUAGGCACGGACUCUACAAGUUGGAAGUACCUUCUGUUGAUGGAAUUGCCUGUGCAGAAGUGGCCAUUGAAUCUUCCUGUGAGGCAAGCUUAAUGUGGAGUUCUUCUAAAUCAUGCAAUGUUCCUGGAUACAAGUCCACAUCAGAUCAGAUAACAAUCAAAGCCAAACGCCCCAAUCUCUGCAUCUAUAGCCUCAAUGCGUUGAAUUUCAGACCAUCAAAGACUGAUCUUACCUUAUGUGGAAAUUAAGAAAAAAGAAAGAUUUCUGCAGUUCUUUCAACCUUUUGGUCACCGAUAUAUGGCUUUCUUCUGUCUAAAUGUCCACCUUUUCUCUUUGGACUCCUCUUCUAUUCCUCCAAUUCCGUCUCUCCUUCAAAAUAAGUGCACUUUCCAUUAAAAUAUGCUCCUAAGCCCAUCACAGGUGAUCACCAUUUGCUAAUGCAGUAUCUUGGGAGCUAAUUAUUUGUUUUAUAUAUUUUUAUUUUGUUGUUUCUUUUUUCUUAUGUUUGGUCUCCAACUAGACUUUGGAAAUGACUACAAUAUCAUUGAGUUAAAGCUCAUUAGUAUUUUGUUAGUUUGUUGCAGCUUAUACUAAUGUAAUGUUUGAAUAUUUUGUGUAUUUUAAAGUCAAGGUCUAUGGACAAACUCCACUAUUCCUCAA